AUGGGAACCCCGAACUCCCGCCCUUAUGGGCAGACGUACGUGCAGCUGCCGAACGUCAGCGCCGACGUCGGUGCCGGCGCUCCCAUCGUACACAUCAAAGGAUUUUUCGCGCAUUUCCCGCUUCUCGAAGCCGCUGCUAGGGCCUUCGCCAGCACUGUGGCGGCGCGCUUCAUUCUGGACACGAAGCCUUCGGUGGACAAGUGGGUAGCGGGCGACGCCCUGCAGCGCGCCCAGGACGUAUUCAGCACGGUGCUCUACGACACCUUCUUCCCCGGCCGCGCUCCCGCCGUCGUGGGCCUGUACAGGGCCCUGCUGGCGCCAUCGUUGUCAGCGUUCACCUACUACAAGUAG